CUCACGCAGGGCCGGGCGGGGCUCGAGCGCGGUUCCCCGGCGGUGCCGGCAGGGGGCGCGGGCGCGGCCGUUCCGCCAUGGCGGAUUACGAGGCGGUGCAGCGCGGUCCCCUGCGGCUGAAGGGCAGCGGGGGGGCCCUGGGCGCCGGCAAGCGGAAGAAGAAGAAGGCGAAAGACAAGGCCCAGAUCCUGGAGCAGAUCGUGAGCAGCAAGAAGCAGGAGGAGGAAAAGAAGCGCGGGCUGGACAAGCGGACCCCGGCGCAGGUGGCCUACGAGAAGAUGCAGGAGAAGCGGCAAAUGGAGCGGAUCCUGAAGAAAGCGUCGAAAACCCACAAGCAGCGAGUGGAGGACUUCAACAGGCACUUGGAUACUCUGACUGAGCACUACGACAUUCCCAAAGUCAGCUGGACUAAAUGACCGGACUGCUUUUCACGGCUCUGGAGCUGGAGUUGUGUUUUGUUUGUAUCCAGUAGAGUUGCCAUGUAAAUCUGUCUUUUCUCCGUAUUGUCUAAUACAUCUUCCGAGCUUUUAUGACUUUA